GAAAGGGAUUCGCACAGAUUUGGUGCCACAGAUUGAGUCAAUCAGAUCUCAUCGUUUUGUCUAGCAUCGUUCAGGUACCUACUGUUUGUGCAACGAAGGGGCAGCAAGCUCUGCCGGAUUGUCCGCUCGCCUGGAGACUUGAGGGCAUGCAUCUUAAUAAAUUUCAGGAAAUACCUUUAGAAUGACAUAUUCUGAAUGAGGAACGAAAACACCUUCCGUCUCCUUGGUGCAAGAUCAGGGCGCCUGUCGCUCUAGCGGGGCAAGUCAGGGCAGCCAGGAUGCCGAGCAUGCUGCGUUCUCUCGCUGCCCCUAUACUGAUUCUGCUGACUGCUGCGCUGCACCUGCCAGCCAUCAGAGGGGCCCAGCAGCCAAGCCAGCUUUGCAGCUGCUCAGAUCUGCUAUGGAGGCCAGCACCGCCUCACAUUCCGGAAGUUGUCAACUGGCACAGCAAACUGCUCAAUGAGCUGGCAGAAGCAGAGGCUCAAGGGGGGUAUGAUGUGCUAUUUUAUGGGGACUCCAUCACAAUGCGCUGGAGGGAUGACUGGCCGGCAAAUGACUGGGGUGACAAACCGCUGCCGCCGAACACCCCAGGAGGCACACCCACAGGAAUUUUCAAUGCCACCUUUAGGAGCAAGUACACAGCUGGCAUCAUGGGCAUCGGCAGUGAUACAACGGCGAAUCUGUGGUGGAGGGUCAUCAAUGGGGAGCUGCCACUGACCAGCCCGGCAAAGGUGGCUGUCAUUCUCAUUGGCACCAACGAUCUGGGCGCCAUAGAGACAUGCCUGAAGGAUGGCGGGGCCGAGCUGGAAGCAGCUGCAGGGACAAGCAGCAGGAUGAGGCACAUGGUGGCUUACAUGAGGAGGAACGCGCCCAACAUGCAUGUGGUCAUCGUUGGCAUCCUGCCACGUGGCGCCUGGACCUUGGAUGACAAAUGGACUUGGCCCAACCGCAUGACUGCGGCCAUAAAUGCUGUCAACACGGCCUCCCAGGGAUUGACAAUAGAGGACAACAUGAUCCACUAUGUGGACUGUGGAGAGGGCAUGAUCUUCCCCAGCAACAACACGGUGAAUGGGCGGAUCCUUCCAGAUGAGCUGCACCCCAACACAGAAGGUUACAGGAAGCUGGCUGCUUGCCUUGGCCCCGUCGUUGAUGAUUUGGUAGCAUGGGGCCCAACAAGGAACAAUACUGUUCUGCGGGACAUCCCAGACAGCUACACAUCAACCUGCGAUGGGUACACAGGGGUCAGAACAGCCACCCUCAGCUACAAUGCAAACACUAGAAGGCAAAGACCUGAUAGGUAGUGAGCUGUACAGCAGAUCAGACUCUGAUCAUCAGCAGACUUCACUAGAUAGGAGGAAUUGAGAAUGUUCAUAUCAGCCUGUACCGGGAAAUUAGAGGAAAGAGGAAUGGAGACUUGCAAAAAGCCUGUCCAUAGGAAUGUAACGCCGGCCCUGCC